AUGACACCACCAUUAUCGGCAAUCGAGGGGCAAACCCAGUUCAAUGCUUCACCUAUAAUGGCUUCCUCAUCUUCCACCGACUGUAUUACCCAAAAUGCCCUCGGCCUCAAAGAGCGCAACUACCUAGGACUGUCUGACAGCUCAUCUGUUGACAGCUCAACUGUCUCGAGCGAAGGAAAGGCCAAUCUUAACCUUAAAGCCACAGAACUGAGGCUUGGCCUUCCGGGGUCUCAAUCUCCCGAGCGAAGCUCGGUUAAGAAUCUUGACGAGAAGCAGUUAUUCCCUUUGGCUCCUUCCAAGAAUGUUGUCGUGUCUGGAAAUAAGAGGGGAUUUUCGGACACCGAGAAUGCUGUGUUUUCCAAGCCUAACUGGAUGUUUAAUGCGGAGUCUGGACAACAACCUAAGACAGCUGCUAGGAAAGAAGCAGUUGCAGCAGAGAAGGAAACUCAAGAAUGCAACAACAUCAACAAGAUGAACAGUUUGAGCAUGGAUGGUGCACCUUAUCUUAGGAAAGUGGACUUGAGGUCGUAUGCUACUUACCAAGAACUCUCGUCGGCUCUUGAAAAGAUGUUCAGCUGUUUCACUAUAGGACAAUGUGGGCCCCAGGGGAGUCCAAAAAAGGAAAUGAUGAGCGAGAGCAAGCUGAGGGAUCUUAUUCAUGGGUCGGAAUAUGUACUGACGUACGAGGAUAAAGAUGGGGAUUGGAUGCUUGUUGGAGAUGUUCCAUGGGAGAUGUUCAUCGCUUCAUGCAAGAGGCUCAAAAUUAUGAAAGGGUCUGAUGCUAUUGGAUUAGCUCCAAGGGCCGUGGAGAAAUCCAAGAACCGAAACUAG